AUGGAUACCUCAAAUAUUUCCCGGCAGAUGAUUGGAUUCUUACUCGGAAAACCAAAGAAUUGGACCUCGGAACACAUGCGCACUCUCAAUGUGGAAGAAAAAGGCACGAUAUCCGCAGCAGAGAUGGUUGGUCAGAAGAACCUUCCAGACGAAGGCGACCAGGUUUUCCAAGGCCUACUUCGGCAGUUCAUGGAACCAACAAAAGAUGAUAUCCUCAAUUUCCGAUACAAUCAAUUCAGCCACCCCGAAAACGCAUUCUCCGCUGUCUUCCACGAGACAAGCUAUCUCACAUUCCCAGUCCCCGAGAAUCACGAGCCUAAUUCGAUACCAUUGUCAACUAUCAUACACUGGAUGAUUAUAGCAUGCUAUGGUCUUGGAGAGAUUUGGAAGGAAUGCGGACCGUUACCAUUCCACUUGCCAUUAUUCCAGGUCAGGGGGACUCUCAAUUGUCCUGGGGCCAUUGGCAGACAUCCCAAGGGAGAAAACUCUCCGUUUUCCCCUCUGGUCAUUUACAAUUUCGCGAAAGGUUCAACAGAAGAGAAUAAGAUCAAAGGCGAGGUACCAUAUGGUUUAUUCCUCAUUUUUGUCGCUUUCAACACGAAUCCCCAUCGUGGAGAGUAUGCGUCCUUCGUCAUCACUAUGCGUCGUACCUCUCCUACCUCGGUACAAAUUACGAAACUGGUGGCUUCGGGAUCUUAUUUGCAGACACUGUGUCAAGGCAGGCCUUUGGAGGAGCAUUUGAAAAUCUACCGGUCGCCUGAAUUCGAUCUCGUAGAGCCUGAAGGGCGCAAGGCAUUCUUGGUGAUGUUCAUGGGUGUAGUCAACUACGUGAUGUUCAGUCCGGACUGA